AUGGAUGCACGAAAAGAGGUGCCAAGUUGUACAUGGGCAUUUUUCUCGGGCAAAAGUGGCGAUUAUACCGAGGUUGAGCAACAGGUGCACACUUUUCAAUUAGCGCUGGCAAGUCCCGUCGCGUUAGCCUGUAUACGGUCGGUGAGCUGGGCUGCCAUCUACUGCCGUCAUAGCCGUGUUGCGUGUCACCAUUUUUGGGCGUUCCUGAGGAUCUCAUCGAGAUUGGUACUCUAG